GCCUCGGAGAUCUCUGUGUGGGCCAAUGAGCGGCAUCGCAUUGGCCGAGUGCUGGGCACGUCACCGAGGAGCUGCCGCUCCGGGUCUGUGGCCUCCUUUUCCGCCUCGCUUUCGGCCGCGGCCUCUUGUUGCCUGGGGCAACACCGUCCCGCCGUGGCGCGGGCGGGCAGCGUGGGGCCGUUAGCGCGCAGACUGCGCGGCCCGAUCGCCUCGCGCCAUUGCGCAGCGGCAGCCAAGACAAGACAUCUGCAGUCUCUCCUCCAGGAUCGUUCUGGACUGCCCACAUUGUUUCUCUAGCUUUUGUGGCUCUGAAUGGCUAGCGAAGAGGAAUGUUCAGUCUAAUGGCCAAUUGCUGCAGCUGGUUAAAACGGUGGCAGGAACCUGUUAGGAAGGUGACACUAAUAAUGGUGGGUCUUGAUAAUGCUGGUAAAACUGCUACAGUCCGAGGAAUUCAAGGAGAAUCUCCUGAAGAUGUGGCUCCAACAGUUGGAUUUUCCAAGAUUGACCUGAAACAGGGACGGUUUGAAGUCACCAUCUUUGAUUUAGGAGGUGGAAAACGAAUUCGAAAUAUCUGGAGAAAUUACUAUGCUGAGUCCUAUGGUGUAAUAUUCGUUGUGGAUUCCAGUGACAUUGCAAGAAUGGAAGAAACAAAGCAAGCCAUGAUAGAAGUCUUAAACAACCCUAAGAUAUCAGGAAAACCUGUUUUAGUGUUGGCAAAUAAGCAGGACAGAGAAGGAGCUCUGUCAGAAGCAGAUAUUAUCGAGUCCUUAUCUCUGGAAAAGCUUGUCAAUGAACACAAGUGCCUAUGUCAGAUUGAACCUUGCUCAGCGAUCAUGGGCUGUGGGAAAAAGAUAGAUAAAUCAAUAAAAAAGGGUUUAUACUGGCUUCUGUAUAUCAUAGCAAAAGAUUUUGAUGCCCUAAAUGAGCGCAUUCAAAGAGACACUACAGAACAAAAAGCAUAUGAACAACAACAGAAACUAGAGCGAGCUGAGCGAGUGAGAAGGAUACGAGAAGAAAGGGAAAGAGAAGAAGGAAAUGUGACUAAUGAGGAAGACCUUGAGCCAGGGAAGUCUGAAAACCCCUUCCAGCCUAUAUCUGCUGUAAUCUCUGAGAAUGAAAAACAAAUUGAAAAGGAAAAGAAGCGGCAAAGGUUGGAGACUGAAAAGGCUACAAUUGCUUUGAAACCGCAAACAGAGCAGGAGCAAAUGGGUGCCCAGCACUUAUCAAGUAGCAGCAGCCAAAGUACAAGUGAUAGUAGACUAGAAAACUGCAAUUCUACAACUACGCAGCUUUUGCAGCAUGAAGAGAAUGAUCAGCAAGCCUCAGAAUGCCUUUACUCAGAUAAUAAUAAGAAAAAAAGCAGAAAGCCAAAAUUAAAAAGGGGCCAUAAAGUAGAACCUGUUAAUACAGAGGACACAGUUCCCAAGAAUCCUGCAACACCACCAUCUAUUCCGCCAGUUGGCUGGGGAACUCCCAAACUUAAUAGACUUCGAAAACUUGAGCCUCUUGGUGAAACACAUCAUGCUGUUCUUCAGAAAGUUAUUACGGCUUUCAAGAUAGAAGCCAAACAUAAAUGGUCCCAAAAUUUUGGAUGCUGCAUAGCGUUGCUGUCACUUAAAGCUUUAUGGUAAUUCAAAUUUGACUACAGCCAUAUUCAGAUUUUGAAACUUCAUUUUUUAAGUUGUUAUUUUAACUGUUUGGUUGCCUCAUUCCCCGUUUUUAGGAACUUUUACACAUCACAUUUUGGCUUGAUCUUCAAAAUGCUGAUACAUGUGUGACAAAAUGUAACGAAACCCUGCUUUUCCCUAUACUCCUCCAGACAUUUAUUGUCACUGCCUGAAGGAAUUAUCUCUCAACUUGUAGCCUUCCUAGCUUUCAUUAAGGAAGCAAGAAUCUGCCUUAUGUAAAUAUUCUUUAAGUCGGGAAGGUGGUAGAUGAAAGAUAAAUAUGUUUUCUUCUCUGGCAUUUCUUACACAGAUUUCGGUGGAAGGCCUCUGCCCCCGCUGACUAUACGCCAAAGACCUAACAGCGAUACCCAGGAUGUCAUUGCUUAAAUGGAUCACAAGUACCCUUUACUUUUUGUUUUCCAUGUAUCAGAAACAAUUUUUGUCCUUGAAGGAAGUUUUUAACUGACAAUCUAACAACUCAUUGCAAAAUUACUUGGAGACAGUUAAACGUGAACUACAUUAUAUUUUACUUAUCAGACUUUAUCAUUUACUUCAGGAUUUAGCGUGAAAUCAAGAAAUCAUGUGUCCAUGGAUGCUCACAUGAACAUGGCAUUAAAUAUUAAUUUGGUUUACUUGUGAAAAUACCUUAGCUGUAAACACGAAGAAGAAUACUUUCAGGAUCACAUAACACUGGAUUGUGUUCUCACCACGAUUUUUCACUGCAGUAGUUGUUGGUUUUGGAGCUAACAAAUGGUUCUAAAGCAUUUUGUAAGAUUCUUGUAUGAUAGGAUGAAUAUAGGAAAGUUAUGCAACAAAUACUGAGUCUAUUUUUCUAACUUUUUAUAAAAUGAUUUGGAAGUUUGAGAGGACAUGCAGACCUGCUACCAGUACAUAUACAGCUUUGGACAGCUAGUAGUCAAACACAUGCAAAUAGGUUCUGUUUGACUUUUGCAUUUCUCUUACAGUAGCAAUACCUCUAUUUGGGAUUACAUUACCAAAUACAUAUGUUGCAUUUCUGACAAUCCAAAGUAGAUGGGGUAUGUAGAAAGGAAAGUUUUAAGAUAAAUACAUUUUAUACAAAAGUAACGCUUUUUCAGUUAUCUGAAAGUUUUCUUACAUGAUUUUCUUUUCUUCUGUUAAUGGAGUUCAGUGUAAGUUAUAAAUUCAGUUGAAAAAGAUAGAGCUUAGCAUCGUACUGUCUGCUACAGCAUAGAGGAAAAUUGCACAUAGUGAAAGUUUAGCACUAAUUCCUCGAUUUCGAUACAAAACUGAACCAACAAGUAUGCAGAGAAGCUCUGGCAGUUUUUAAUUUCAAUAAUAAUAAAAUAUCAUCUUGAAAACGAAAGAAACCAUAAAGUUUUAAGGACUUAUAUAAUUCUUCCAUGUACUGUGAUAACUUUAUGCUUAAGCACAUACAAGCAAUACCUAAACAAGAGUUUGAUUAGAUUUAUAUGUUCCUAUUUAAAAUGUUUUUCUUGUUACAUUGGAGACAACCAUUGGUAUACUGUGUAAAGAUAUGUAUUGUUAUACUUCUCAGUUUCCUCAACUAUGAAACCCCCAUUCAAAGGCUUUUUUGAAGAAGCAGCACCUCAUGAUUAUUUGUUACACUCGGUCUUCCAUAAAGCUGUUAAAACAGUGCAAUGUACACAUUUAACACUGGCGUUGAAAACCUUUGCCAUAUACCUUUAAAGGCAAUGAGUUGCACAAAUAAACUUCUAAAUUAUUAGUAAAAAUGAAAUUAUUAAUUACAGUAUAUAUUGAAAGUACACUUGAGUGGGGGGGGGAAAUCAGUUGUGAGAAUGUAAGUUUGGAAUGAACAGGCGAACUUUUCCAAGUUUCAUAGUUCAGUGAGAGGAUGAAACAAUUUGUGACUUUUGUGGUAUUCUAACAAUGUAACAUGGUUCAGUUUGAUUAUUCUCAGGAUUUAGUAAUUUUUACUUCAAAUGAACACAAUGUUAAAUGGAAGAGGGUGAGGUGUGCAUAAAAGUUUUAGUGUGCAAUCUCAGUCUUACUGUCUUCAGGUUUUUUUAGCUUAAAGAUUCUACUUUCACAAGCUUAUUUUUUGCAGCUUCAAUUUCUAGAAAUGUAUUACCUUUUUUAACAUUUAUCUGAAGUAAAGUAAUGGAAGUCUAUUAAAAAUAAAGCUAAGUAUUGCUGUGAUAACAUUUGAGAAACUGAAAUUUAAGAUGCUGAUACUGCUCUGUGAAAUGCCUGUUAUGCAAGUUGUGUUGGCAGAUGCCAGUUUCGUUUCUGAUUUUAAAGUAAAUUUACCAAAACGAUGAAAAAUGUUUCAUGUAGUCUUGCUUAUUAAAUGCUCUGUAAUAACUUACUGGGGUUUGAGCAGGGCUGAGUAACUGAACAGACUUAGGUCAUUCUGAUAAGGAGGCACAGCUGCAGAAAAGGGGCCUUGGGAGGCUAGCAGAGAAGCUGCUAUCUGUAGCUGAGCCGUGCAAGGGGGCCUCGAAGAGGGGGCAGGCUGGUUAGCCCUGGGAACAAGCAAAUGCUGUGGCUAGCUGUGCAAAGGGGGAUUAAGGGGGGUAGUUGGUCAGGUCUGCCUCUAUGCGUGUGGACAGCCCGUACUCUGCUGUGUAAGCCUAUCAAAAGUACACGCCCCUGUACCAAACUCCAGUAUAUAGGUGUUACGCUUAGCUUAAUAAACGGAUUGACCACCUAUGUACCA